UGAGACCUUAAUUAAUUUGACCUGGGGCUCAUUAACUGUAAUUAUCACAUGUGUGAAUCAGGCUCUGAAGAUUUUCAUGGAUAAUGUGACUGAGAAACUUUUCAUAAAAAUAUCUGAUAUCUGUAUCUGACUCAUUUGGCACAGUGAACAAACCUUGCAUAUGCCCAGGGAGUGGAGGAUACGUGUGUAGGUGUUGGCGUUGCACGGCUUAAUGUAUAGGCUACUGUGGCUUUAAAGGGGUGUUGGUUCCCUGAGAGGUAACAGACAGGUUUAAUUCAGUCACACAGACCACAUCGCACAUCUCGGAGCCUCUCUGCCUUUAUACCACUGUUGUCUUCAUUGCAUCCAAGAAGACAUCCUCCAAGAUAACCGUGCGUGUCAGCCGCUACACCCUUCCCGGAGCGAUGGGAGGUACAGCCGCGGUUAUUAUUUUCCUGUCGUGAGCCCUGUCAUCGUUUUUAUUUCCCACACUGGCAGUCUGAUCUGCAUAUUCAUAAUGUUUUCUCCCGUGACAGAGGCCGAGACGCGUCAGAAACUGCUGCGCAAUGUGAAGAAAGAGGUGAAACAAAUCAUGGAGGAGGCAGUAACGAGGAAAUUUGUGCAUGCCGACAGCAGCCACAUCAUAUCCUUCUGCGCUGUGGUGGAGGCCUGCAUGCUUCAUGGGCUCAAGCGCCGUAUCGCAGGCCUGCUGUGCAGUAACAAGGUCGCAGCACUCUUUAUGAAGGCGGCAAAAACCUUUUCGCCUGCUGAGGAACUCUGCAACAAGGUCCAGGAACUGGAACAGCUCAUCGACAACAGCAAGCAGAACAACUCCUCACUGAGUAAUGACCGCAGUCGGCAGUCCAAGCUGGCCAACCUCCCCCCUCAGGCACUGAAACACCUGUGGAUCCGGACUGCACUGAUGGAGAAGCUCCUGGACAAGAUUGUCCUUUACUUGGUGGAGAACAGCAGUGCCUUCUAUGAGAAAGAAGCCAUGCUGAUGGAUCCGGUGGAUGGACCAAUUCUUGCAUCUCUAUUGGUGGGCCCUUGUGCUUUGGAGUACACCAAAGUUAAGACAGCAGACCACUUCUGGACGGACCCAUCUGCUGACGAGCUUGUUCAGCGGCAUCGCAUCCACAGCAGCCACUGUCGGCAGGAUUCGCCCUCCAGACGGCCUGCCCUGAUCCAGAAGAGACAGUCCAGUGGUAGCAUGGAUGAUCGCCCUCUCAUGUGGGUGAGGGACUAUGUUGAAUCGCUGCACCAAAACUCCAGAGCCACGCUUCUGUUUGGAAAGAACAAUGUCCUGGUGCAGCCGAGAGACGACAUGGAGGCCAUCCCAGGCUACCUUUCUCUCCAUCAGACUGCAGACCUCAUGACACUGAAAUGGACGCCCAAUCAGCUGAUGAAUGGCAAUGUGGGGGAGCUGGAUUCUGAGAAAAGUGUUUAUUGGGAUUAUGCCAUGACAAUUCGUUUGGAGGAGAUUGUGUAUCUCCACUGUCAUCAGCAAGUGAACAGUGGUGGAACAGUAGUUUUGGUGAGCCAGGAUGGGAUCCAGAGACCUCCUCUACAUUUCCCCAAAGGAGGCCACCUACUCCAGUUUCUCACCUGCCUGGAGACCGGCCUGCUACCUCACGGACAGCUGGACCCACCGCUCUGGAAUCAGAGAGGAAAGGGAAAGGUUUUCCCCAAACUGCGAAAGAGGAGUCCACACGGCUCAUGUGACUCUGUAUCUGAUAAGGAAGAUGAUGAAGCAACCGAUUAUGUGUUUCGGAUCCUCUUUCCUGGCAAUCAGAUGGAGUUCAUGGCCCUGGAGCUGAUGGACCAGGGCGUGAACAUGUGGCAACCAACACCUAGAAAGUCCUCGUGCUCCUCCUGCUCACAGAAUGGCUCCUCUGAUGGCUCGCUGCCUAAUGGCUGUAAUCAGGAAAGGGCUCCCUUAAAGCUCCUUUGUGACACCAUGAAGUACCAGAUAAUCUCCCGUGCUUUCUAUGGAUGGCUUGCAUACUGCCGUCAUCUGUCCACAGUCCGUACCCACCUUUCUGCUCUGGUCAACACCACCAUAGUGGACCCUGAUGUGCCCUGUAAUGCUCGAGGAGGCCUCUCUGUGGAGGUUUGGAGCCGAUUCCUCAAGGACAGCUCUGCGUAUGAGGAAGAGGAGAUACACAGGCUUGUGUAUUUCGGUGGUGUGGAUCCCUCACUACGUAAAGAGGUCUGGCCCUUCCUGUUGGGACACUACGGCUUUAACAUGACUGAAAAAUGCCGGCAAGAGAUUGACGAAAAGAUACGGACCAUGUAUGAGCAGACCAUGAAGGACUGGCAGGGCUGUGAGGCCAUUGUCCGUCAGAGGGAGAGAGAGAAACACGCUGAGGCCCUCGCCAGAUGUUCGUCUGGAGCCAGUGUGGAAAGAGGGCCGGUGCAGCGGGACUCCACCAUCAGUACAGAUUCGUCUCUAAGUAGCAGCUCAGAUCCACAGAAUGUCGCCUCGCAGAGUGACUCCAGCAGCAGCAGUGCACAGGUAUUUGGGUCGGUUGAGGCAGUGGAUCAGAUUGAGACUGAGCCCAGGGCUGAGGAAGGAGAAGUGCAGCCCUGCAGUCCAUUGAAGGACAUCACGAGUGGCACUGCAGACGCCCCGCAACUUCCCUCCUGCAGCCCGUUCUCCCCAGACCUGUCAGAUCAAUGCACAGUGUCAGAAAACAGCCUUCUUGUAACAGAGUCAGCUGUUGGAUCUGCAACCAAUGAGCAGUCAGAGGAAGCAUCAGAAGUCUUACAUGAGAAAGACAAAACUGGAUCAAAGCCAGAUGGAGAGGAUGUAAUGGACCCAGUAGCCAAGGACGAGGUUUCAGAGACAAAGGUGGAGACAGUCUCAGAGGGUGAGGUGGUUAAGGACUGUAGAGUCAGUGAGUCGAGACAGACAUCUGAACCUGAAGAAAAACCUGACGCAAAAGAAAAAGACACAGCAAAUGAGCAAUCUGCAGAUUUAAAAGCAGUAGACACAAAUACAAAUUUAAGAAGUGCUCCAGAGAGCACUAAUGUUCUAAAGCUAGAAAGAGAGAUUCAUAAUGAGUAUUUCCAAGCACCUCCACUCGGGCAGAUCUUGACAUUUCAAGCGCACAAGAGCAAAGGUCUGGAAGUGGAGCCAUUAUGUCCGCCUGCAGCAGAAAAAGACACUAAUCCAGAGAGUGAAAAGAAGUCGGAGAUUUCUGACAAACCUGAAACAACUUCUGAAAAAACCCCAUCACAAAUUCCAAAGGCCUGCACCACAGAGUCAGAAAGAAAGGAUGCCGAAGCAGCAGUGUGUGACUUGGCUGAAACCAAAAAAGCUGCAGAAAUUCCAUUUGAGAAACCUGGUUCAAACUCACCCGUCAGACAAGUCCUGAACGCUCUCCAGUCGGCGUCAAGGGGCAGCCUUUCUCUAUCGUCCCACUCUCGGCAGUCUCCGGACACAGCAGAUUCAGACGACUCCCCUUCUGCCCUGGAAAUGGAGGACAUUCCUGCAGGGACGUGCGUGACAUCUGAGGAUAUCAAGGCCAGGCCUUUGGCGUGUCUUGCUGCACCUCCUGUCUCCCUUGCGCAACGACAGAAAAUGGCUUCAGAGGACCUCGCCCCAGAUCACCAUCUGGACACAGCCUGUAACACCAGUCCUGAGGGCACCGACCUGGGCCUUUCUGAAGAGGAGCCUGAGAUGGAAAAUGUGCUCACUGAACCUGAGUCUGCAGAGGUGGGAGGCACCAAGCAUGAUGAAUCCUCAGAAGAACAAACCUAUUCUCAAGAAACACUGGACAUGUAUUUGAUUAAUUUGCAUCGCAUCGACAAAGACGUCAGACGUUGUGACAGAGCGUAUUGGUACUUCACUCCUGAGAACCUGGAGAAGCUGCGUAACAUCAUGUGCAGUUACGUGUGGCAGCAUCUGGAUACAGGUUACGUCCAGGGCAUGUGUGAUUUGCUGGCUCCCCUGCUGGUUAUUCUGGACGAUGAGGUUAUGGCAUUCAGCUGCUUCACUGAACUGAUGAAGAGGAUGAACCAGAAUUUUCCUCAUGGAGGUGCCAUGGACUCUCACUUCGCCAAUAUGCGUUCUCUGAUCCAGAUCCUGGACUCUGAGCUGUUUGAACUGAUGCAGCAGAAUGGAGACUACACUCACUUCUACUUCUGUUAUCGCUGGUUUCUACUUGACUUCAAAAGAGAAAUGGUGUAUGAUGAUGUGUUCUCCGUGUGGGAAACAAUCUGGGCAGCCAAGUACACCUCCUCUGAGCACUUUGUGCUCUUCAUUGCUCUGGCACUUGUGGAGAUGUACAGGGACAUCAUCCUAGAAAAUAACAUGGACUUCACAGACAUCAUAAAGUUCUUUAAUGAAAUGGCAGAGCGACACAACGUCCCCCAGGUCCUGAUGAUGGCUCGAGACCUGGUCAACAAAGUGCAGACGCUCAUAGAAAACAAGUGAUGCUGCUGACCUGCUGCUGCUCCCAUGUUUCUUUGUGCUGAAUUGUUUCAAAAAUACUGGCACAACCACUUAAUAGUCAUGUAUUCAAGAGGAAUGGGAAUCAGUGUUUAAUGAAAUGCAGCGAUUGGUAUGUGCUGAAAAGACAACUGGUCAUUAAAACUGGCCAUCAUUACAUAAGAUAGUUGUAUAACAACUUUCCAGUUUCUCCUCUCUAUAUUCAGGAGAUGCAAAUAUUGCCAGUAAAUUUAUUUUUUGAAGUGUUAUUGUUCACCCAGUGAAUGUACCCUUGCUGAAACUGCUUCAGGAUGUUAUUUAUUUUGCCUUAAAUUGAGCUAUUUUUUCAGGGAUACAGCAACCAAAUUCCUUCACCGUAUUGUUCUUCUGCGAGGUUGAUUUUGUUCAGUUACACCCGCCACACAUCUCGUGAUACACUUGAAUAUGUUUUCAGUAUUAUUAUGAUUAUUACGUUGUAUUUAUUUUGCUGAAAUUGUAGCUACCAUGAUGAAACAUCUUGUAAUGCACUUGAAUAUAUUUUCAGUAAUGAUAUCUGGCAUUGUUAGAUGAUUUGGUUUUGUGAGAGGUACUUUAGAGGAGGUUGUGUCCACGUAGCAUGUGUGGUUUGCUUCUCAACAGCCAUUCUGAGGACCACUCGCUGGCUUCUCUGAGGCUCGAUGGUCCUCGUCUCGUGUUUGCCUCUGAUGCACAAAAGCUUGCAGGAUAUCCGGACCGAACCUGGGAACUCUGUGCAGUCCUGCAUGACUGCACACAGUCUCCAUAUACAGUACUGCCCUCUGGUAUCAAGCUGUCAUACUCUGUGCUCCUUUUAUCUCAGACCUCCUCUAUGCAUUGAUUCGCUUUUAUUUCCGUGCACACUGGUUCAAACUCUCUUCUCACCUUACAUGACACAAUGCUGCUCAGGCUGAAGUAUUCAGCAUCAUCAAGACAGUACAGUGCUAACAGAUUCUGCUUUCUUGCAGCGCCAUGAUAGCUGCUGUGGUAAAUUCUAAUGGAGUGUGCAGUGAAGGCAGCAUGCUUCCUUUACACUUCUCUUUUUCACUUUCAUCUUAAGAUCAGUUCCUUGGUUUUCUGUGUCUCUUUUGCCCUGCCAAUCUUGGCUGCCUUGUCUUCAACACGCUCUAGUUCAUUUUUGUUAUAUGCCCAAACUUUUGGCAACAAGCCUUAUAAGAAUUGUUGAUAUUUUUUGGGGUAAACAUGCAAUUUUCUUCAUUAUUACCUCAAGAUCCCCGUGUUCAUACCUGUACUCUGGACCUCUCAUUCAAGGCUUGAGCCAGUGUCAGAUUAGCUUCGACACUUUUCCUCUGCUGCAUUUUGUCUCCUGUAAAGCUAGUUUGAACCAGAUGGCACCUUCCACCUUGAUGGGCUCACCUCCUUCCUUCAUUUAUUCAUUCAAAGAGCAGUUAACUUUUGCUCAGCCUGCUGAAUUUUAUCUGCUGCCCUCCAGUUCCUUGGAGAGCUCUCUUUUUGGCCAGACUGCACACCUCCUCACACAAGAGUUUGUUCAUUGUGCUGUACACACAGUACUGCUUAGACUUUCAGAACUUCAGCUACUUUUAAAUAUGAUUUUUCGAAGCCCUCAUGAGGUUUUCACAAUCUAGCAAGUACCAGAGGGUCAGGUUAUUACAUUUAAAGGGUCAUAUAAGGGUAGCCAGUCCGUGGUAUGUAGCCAUUCAGAUACUUUUGGUUUUAUGUGUGUAUGUUUACACUACUUAAUCUUCUGCUGCUAAUCCAAUUUCAUUUGUUCAGCUGAAAAUGAACAUUUAACGUCAGUGUUUCCUUACAGAAACAAUGUCCCGGAGACCCUGACGUCAAUAGCUUAAAUUGGUCUAAUAAGGUUUAAAAGGGCCUGUGAAUCUGAUCUGUUCCAUCAGGUCUCGACACAUAAAUACAAAACUAUGUACAUGGCUAGAUACCAGCAUGUCAGAAAAUAUGAUUUAUUGGUGCCACUCACGGUUGCAAAAUAGCCAAAACACACUCAUGUUGGGUUCACUGUGGCUAAAAUACCAGUGUUUUGAUAUCACUGCUAACGUGUCUCCAUAUGAUCUUCUAAAACAUGCCUGAGUAUUGCUGUUUCUGUAUUGCUGUGUUUGUUGUCAGAAGAUUUAUUGUAAACAAUGUGUUGAAAAGAAAUGGACUAAUUGUAUAACUAAGCUAGAACAUAUUUAUUAAAUGCAAUACAAUGUCUGUAUAUGGGCUUUAUCUGAUUAUAAUGAAGAGAAAGAAGUAUGCCAUUGGAAAUAAAUAUAUUUUUAUUUUUUUUUUCUGUC